GCUCCUGCUGUGCCUUUAAGCUCCGUAUGCAAAAUCCCCGUGUGCCUCCCACCCUCGCCUCUGGUCACCGGGGGAGGGAGCCGGGAGGCGCCGCUCCGGGGGAGAAGGUUUCCAAGGGAAAAGCACCUUGGUGGCAGCGGGAAGAGCGAAGCGGGGGCCGCUUGUGGAGCUGCUCAGAGAGCAUGGACCAGGUGAAGCCAGAGCUGAGCACCCAGAGGAGGGGACCGAGGGCCAGCUGCUGGAAGGGAACCCUUGCUGCUGCCGUGGUGGGCAGCGUCACAGCCCUGUACCUGGGGGUCCUGCUGGCCUGGCAUCCCGCGGGAGAGACCAGCUUCGAGCACACGGUGGAGCUGGGGGGCAUCGCCUUCAACAGCAGCCUGCAGACGGAGAGCUCCGAGUACUACAGGGUGCUGACGCCCGCCCUCGAGAGGCUGUUCCUGUCCAGUUUCGAGGAGUCCCCCUUGGACUGGAUGUGCACCGGUUGCACCAUCCUGGGCUACAGCAGGAACGGGAACUCCUCGUCCGUGAUCGUCCGAUUCCGCCUCCGCUUCGCUCCCCACGAUUCGCAUCCCCUGAGCUCCACCGUGGAGGAGGAAGCCCUGCGGCGGGGGCUGGCGGCCGCGCUGCACAAGCAGGUGCUCUCCCUGGAUGCCUAUGGGACCAUCUCCUCGGCUUCUCUCACAGGUCCCAGUGAGGUUUCUCCCCGCAGACCCGCACUGAGAUCAGACUGCGGGAGCCGUCCGGCCAUGCAGACUGCGGGCAGGAUCGUGGGGGGCUCGGAGGCAUCCAGAGGGGAGUUCCCGUGGCAAGUGAGCCUGCGAGAGAACAACGAGCACUUCUGCGGGGCCGCCAUCCUCUCCGAGAAGUGGCUGGUGUCGGCUGCGCACUGCUUCACUGAGUUUCAGGACCCAGCCAUGUGGGCAGCUUACACCGGGACCACGUCGCUCAGGGGCUCGGAGGGCGGCGCGGUGAAGAUGGGCAUCGCACGGAUCAUCCCGCACCCCUCCUACAACACUGACACGGCCGACUACGACGUGGCCGUGCUGGAGCUGAAGAGACCCGUGAGCUUCACCAAGUACAUCCAGCCCGUGUGCCUGCCCGAGGCCCGGCACCACUUCCCCACCAGCAAGAAGUGCCUCAUCUCUGGCUGGGGCUACCUCAGGGAGGAUUUCUUGGUGAAGCCUGAAUACCUGCAGAAAGCAACGGUGGAGCUGCUGGACCAGACGCUGUGCUCCAGCCUCUACAGCCAUGCCCUCACCGACAGGAUGCUGUGUGCUGGCUACCUGGAGGGCAAGAUAGACUCCUGCCAGGGUGACUCUGGUGGGCCCCUGGUUUGCCAGGAACCAUCUGGCAAGUUCUUCCUGGCGGGAAUCGUGAGCUGGGGCAUUGGAUGCGCGGAAGCCAGGCGGCCCGGGGUGUACACCCGGGUCACCAAGCUCCGAGACUGGAUCUUGGAUGCUAUCUCCGAGUCCCCCCCCUCCAUCGCCCGCACCCUCCCCCUAACCCACUCCAGCACCAACAGUAACGCAGCCAGCCCCGAAGAGCUCAACUCCACCAUGAGCAGAGCCAUCCCCACCGCUUCCGCAGCCCCAGCCGCCAGCAAGGCGGUGACUGCACCGAGAGCACAAGAGUGUGGGCAGCGCCCCGGGUUCUCCAAACCCAUCAGGAUUGUCGGAGGGACCGAUGCUGCCACAGGAGAGGUGCCCUGGCAAGUCAGCCUGAAAGAGGACUCGAGGCACUUCUGUGGAGCCACCGUCAUAGGGGACCGCUGGCUGCUCUCAGCAGCUCACUGCUUCAAUGAGACGAAUGCAGAGGAGAUCGAAGCCCACGCGGGGACGACAUCGCUCAAUGGAACAGAUGGAGGCGCGGUGAAAGUCAACGUCUCCAGAGUGAUCCCACAUCCCCUCUUCAACCCCAUCUUGCUGGACUUCGACGUGGCUGUCCUCGAGCUGGCAAGGCCUCUUGUCUUCAGCAAGCACAUCCAGCCCCUGUGCCUGCCGCUCGCUGCGCAGGAGUUUGCUGCUGGCCAGCAGUGCCUCAUCUCUGGAUGGGGCAGCCUCCAGGAAGGGAACGCCACCAACCCCGAGGUCCUGCAGAGAGCCUCUGUGGGCAUCAUAGACCAGAAAACCUGUGACUUCCUCUACAACUUCUCCCUCACUGAGCGAAUGAUCUGUGCUGGCUUCCUGGAGGGGAACGUAGACUCGUGCCAGGGCGAUUCCGGAGGACCCUUGGCCUGCGAGGUGACCCCAGGCACGUUUUACCUGGCUGGCAUCGUGAGCUGGGGCAUCGGCUGCGCCCAGGCUAUGAAACCUGGGGUGUACUCCAGAGUUACCACGCUCCAGGACUGGAUCCUGGGCACCAUCUCACAGUCGCCCAGUCCUGGCCCAGGCAGCCCUUCCAGUCCAGCUCCUGCAGCCGUUCUCACUGGCCAGCCCAGCCCAGCGCCUGCAGGUGCAGAGAACAGAACCACACUGGCGAUGAGAACAACCACAACCAUGGAAGAAACCUCCCCAGCGCUGGAAACCAGUGAGGCUGCCAAGCCCACCCACAGCCCAGUGGUGCCUUGUACCAGCCUCACCUUCAAGUGCUCCAGCAAGGUGUGUAUUGGAAAAGAGAACCCUGAAUGUGAUGGCAUCGUGGACUGCAGCAACGGCUUCGAUGAGCGCAACUGCGACUGCGGCUCCACAACUGCUCUGGCCUUCAGCAAGAUCGUGGGCGGCAGCACCGCGGCGCGAGGAGAAUGGCCCUGGCAAGUGAGCCUCUGGCUGCGGCGCAAGGAGCACAAGUGCGGGGCUGUGCUCAUUGCCGACCGGUGGCUGCUCUCUGCAGCCCACUGCUUCGAUAUUUACAGUGACCCCAAAAUGUGGGUGGCCUUUCUAGGAACCCCCCUCCUGGAUGGCGUUGAUGGCAAAAUGGAGAAAAUCUUCCGCAUCUACAAGCACCCUUUCUACAACGUCUUCAGCCUGGACUACGACGUGGCCCUGCUAGAGCUGAGCGCGCCCGUCGGGUUCAGCAGCACCAUCAAACCCAUCUGCCUCCCGCACAGCUCCCACGUCUUCCAUGAAGGAGCCAGAUGCUUCAUCACAGGCUGGGGCUCCACGGAGGAAGGAGGUCUCAUGGCAAAGCACCUGCAGAAAGCAGCAGUGAAUGUGAUAGGAGACCAGGCCUGCAAGAAGUUCUACCCGGUGCAGAUCAGCAGCAGGAUGCUGUGCGCUGGCUUCCCGCAGGGCUCUGUUGACAGCUGCUCGGGCGAUGCGGGCGGGCCCCUGGCUUGUAAAGAACCCUCAGGGAAGUGGUUUCUAGCAGGAAUCACCAGCUGGGGCUAUGGCUGCGCCAGGCCCUACUUCCCUGGGGUCUACACCAAAGUCACGGCUGUGCAGGGCUGGAUCGCGCAGAACCUCAAGCUCUGAAGCUGCGUUUCACCACUCAGGGAAGAGGACAAAGGAGAAGUCACUGUCAGAGAUGCACU